CAACAUUUAAUUUUUUUGAAGGGAUUUAUAUUUUAAUUUUAAUUUAAGCAAACCUGUAGAAAUUGGACUAAAAGCCAAAAAAAGUAGAAAUUGGACUACUGGGGCGCAGGCAAACUGGACUGAGGACGAGGUGGCGGCGAGUGGCGGUCAAGGACGGCUAAGGAAGGACAAUCGGAUUCAGAAUCACGGAUGUGAGCUGCGGCGGGGGCGAUCUACUGAGCGCUGAAGACUAAAAACCUAUCCCUAGACGCUAGUGACGAAUUUCGGAAAUCGGAUAAGUCACAUCAACGCCGCUCGGGGGCACCAAACUGGACAAUUAGAUGCGCGGUCACCUACGCCGGUCAAUAAAGCUCGUCUCCGGCUAGAAGUAUCUGAGGGUGAUCACAACUUUUUGGAUUAUUGCAAUAGUAAGAAUUCAAAAUAAGGGUGCUUCUAGGUGGUGAUUUGAGUGAAAGUCCACCUGCAUUGUGAAACAGAUACAUGUGAUUCACAUUAUUUAAACAAGGAGAUCAUGAGGAUCUCAAGAUUUCCGGUGCGCUAUCUUAUUGUUUUGUUGACCUUCAUUUGUACGUCGGUCUGCUACAUAGAGCGUGUCGGUUUUUCUAUUGCCUAUACUGUUGCUGCUGAUGCUGUUGGUGUGAAUCAGGCAAGUAAGGGCAUGAUUCUUUCAGCAUUUUACUAUGGAUAUGCCUGCUCGCAGGUGCCCGGUGGUUGGGCAGCCCAGAAAAUUGGGGGAAGGCGUGUUCUUCUCUUUUCGUUUGUUUUGUGGUCCCUAACUUGUGCAUUGGUGCCCCUUGAUCCGAACCGAGAAUUAGUUUUAGUCAUUGCCCGCUUGCUUGUUGGUGUGGCCCAGGGCUUCAUAUUUCCUUCCAUUCACACUGUCCUAGCACAAUGGGUACCCCCACAUGAAAGGUCUAGGUCUGUUUCUCUUACCACUUCCGGAAUGUAUCUAGGUGCAGCUAUGGGAAUGCUUGUGCUUCCUAGCCUUGUGAAGUUCAGAGGCCCUCAAUCUGUAUUUUUGGCUGAAGCUGCUUUAGGUGGCAUGUGGUCCCUACUAUGGUUAAGGUUUUCUAGUGAUCCACCACAUUCUGCUCAUACCAAAGCAACUGCUGCUGGCUAUGGGGAAACCUUGCUACCCCUCAAAGGGAGCGUGAAGCUGAAAGCAGAGAAUGGGGGAGGGUAUCCCAUCAAGAGUCCCAAAAUCCCAUGGAAGCAAAUUGUACUUAGCCUUCCAGUUUGGGCGAUUGUUGUGAACAACUUCACAUUUCAUUAUGCUCUCUAUGUGCUCAUGAACUGGCUCCCUACGUAUUUUGAAUUGGGCCUCCAACUCAGCCUUCAAGAAAUGGGCUCUUCUAAGAUGAUGCCUUAUUUUAAUAUGUUUUUGUUCUCAAACAUUGGUGGGGUGGCUGCUGAUCACUUAAUUACUAGAAGAAUCUUCUCUGUAACCAAAACGAGAAAACUUUUGAACACACUAGGUUUUUUUGUGGCUUCUUUUGCGUUGAUGGCUCUUCCUCAGUUUCGGACGCCUAGUGGGGCAUUGUUUUGUUCUUCGGUGGCUCUCGGUUUCUUGGCUUUAGGAAGAGCAGGAUUUGCAAUUAAUCACAUGGAUAUUGCUCCUAGGUAUGCUGGGAUUCUUAUGGGUGUUUCUAAUACAGCCGGCACAUUGGCAGGUAUUGUUGGAGUAGAUCUUACAGGACGACUACUUGAAUCUGCUAAAAGUUCUCAACUAGAUCUUACAAGCUCAGAAAGCUGGGUGGCUGUUUUUACAAUUCCUGGGUUUCUUUGCAUCUUCAGUGCUUUAGUGUUUCUGUUAUUUUCUACCGGAGAGCGAGUUUUUGACUGAGAGAUCCUUUUCGAUUCAUAUUUGCUGGCCUCGGGGAGAACUAUGAAGGUGCGCUCUGUUCCUUAAAUUUCGUCUACAGCCUAGUAAUGAGCUCGUUGUUUUAGGCAAUUGAAUGCUAUAGAAGCUUUGGAAACAACAGUAAUUUGUUAGAUAUCUUGAUCCAUCCAUGGUUGAGUUUUGACUAUUCAGCCGAAGUUUGGAGAUUGGAUAAGAUCAUUGCGUUGGCAUUCUCUUUAUAGAUAAUUGGAUAUACUUUACUUCCCAAGAAAAACUUCUACUGUAUGAUGGAUGUAUGGUCUAUGGCAUCGACGGCCCUUGUAAUAGUUAUUGUAGUGGUUGGUUUUGGAUGAUGUGAUUUGUGGCAAAUACUCAGCCUGUCGUUC